AUGGACAGAAAUGAUGGUAGGCGGCUGGAAAGUAUACCAGUUCAUAGAGUUAACCGAAGUAACAUUAAAAUGGUCAAGGAUGACAUCUUCAAAGCUAUACGCAGUGCUCAGUUUAUUGCGAUCGACUUGGUAUGUUCAUCUACAUCAGCUGUUUACAUCUUUUACCUACUUAUAUGUAUAUAAAACUACUUUUCUCCAUCGUAUUUUAUAAACUUUUAAACAUUUUUUUAGGAAAUGACCGGCUUAGGACCUCGCGUAUCAGUCCGUACCAAAAUGGAAGAACGGUACCAGAUGUACAAGUUGGUAGCCAAUUUGCGGUCGAUUGUGUCAGUCGGAUUCAGCUUUUUUAGUCGCGGGGAACAGAACGAUAGGAUUCUGUACUACAAAGCUUCUGUAUACGAUGUGCUACUGACAGAAGCCGAAGCCUUCACGGUGGAUCCUUCAUCACUACAGUUCUUGGUACAACAUGGUACAGAUCUUAAUCAAUGGAUCACUAAUGGAGUGAUGUUCAAGAAACGGGUACGAUUAUAACUGUCUGGGUACUAUAACUCUAUUUAUAUGUUACUAAGGGUUACUUUGCCAAAUUCAAACUCCUUCUUCUUAUAUGAUCAUGUACCGAAAACUAUAUUUACAACUUAUACAGGUGAACUACCCUUGAAGUUAAUCUUGUUACAGAGCGACGACUCUUUGAACACAAUCUUCAACCAUAUUUUCGAAUCCGGAGCUUCAUUGUUCCUUCACAAUGGUCUCAUUGACAUGAUGUUCAUCUAUCACAACUUCUACUUGCCAUUACCUCCGACUUGUUCCGAAUUCCUUGCCAACCUCAGUGACCUCUACCAACCUACAGAUGCGAAGAACAUUCCAAAAGCAUACCAAACAGCUAUAAUCGACACGAAAUACAUUGCUGAUAAACAAGCUGGGUUACCUGCUUCAUUCCUCGAAUAUCUGUUCAGAAGAUGCAGAAGAGAUAAUCUGCGGAAUGGAGACGUUUCAGUGAAUGUAGAGUUCAAGCAGAGUGAUGGUGAAGAUGUGAGUGUCAUUCAGUCAAGGAUUUCCGACGCUUUUUGGGAUGGAAAUUAUGAUAGGGACAACUUCAAACAUAUCUGUCCUAGAUUUGCGGUAAGUUCAGGUUAAUUUGGAGAAGUUAUUGAUAAGGAAUGGUAAGGUAAGGUAGAGAAGAGUAACAUAAAACUAUUUUGUUAAUUUUAAAAACCUUACAUUAUAUAUAAUAUAUUACUUGAGUGUAAUAUUACACUUGAAUAAUGGGAAAACCUUUCAGAGCUUCGGUUUCUGCCCCAAACAUAACACAUGUCCUUUGGAUCACGACGUGGAAGUGGUGUUGGAUAAAGAAGACUUCGACAAGAUCAAGAAGUCCAAAGGCGUCAAAAGACCUCACGAUCCUUCUACUUCUUCAGAUAACAAUGGAGAACAUAAUUCUGAUGAGAAAACGAGUUCUAACUCAAAUGAUCUUGGUAUGUUGGGGUUAGAUUGCUAUGUCAUGUCUGUUUUUAAGGAACCAGUAGAAUCUUAACAUAUUGCUCAAAAACUUAAAUUUUGGUUUUAUUACUACAUUUUUUUAUCAUUUCGUACUUUGAGGGUUGAUUCAACGUUGUUUUAGGUUGUCACAACGCUGGAAUGGACGCCUUCAUGACCGGCUUUGUGGCCCUUUACCUCAACGCCAAAGUACUUCAUAACCAGAAUCGAAUUCCACCAGAAUUGGUCGGUCGGUUCCCUGUAGCCAAUUCAGAAUACCCUCUGCUGAUUCGAACAGAACAGCACAUCAAACGGGACGAUCUUCACCAUGUCGAGAAGCUUUUAGUUAUUCAAAGAGCUCGAGCUCUCCGCUUUGGAGAGUUUAAAGUGGUAGAAGAUACGCUAAUAAACAUAUCAUGA